AUGGCUCCACAAUUCUACGAAGCGAAGAGAUCACGUUGGUACGAUCUGUGCAAAUGGAGGCUAAUACCUUGGGCUGCAGCGGCUACGGUAGUAGUUGCUAUUGCUGUCGUGAUUGCAGUUCCCGUCAUUGUUGCGAGGCACAAAGCAAACGCCAACGCCGACGCGGAUCGGUAUCCGAACUACACUAAACUGAACUAUUCAAUAAACGAGACGUAUUCAACCGCGCGCUUCUUCGACAACUUCAACUACCGCACUGGCGGCGAUCCAUCCAAUGGACACGUCCACUAUGUCGACCUAGAAUAUGCCGUGGCCUAUAACCUAACUCCAACCUUGAUCGACUCUGUCAUGGUCAAGGUCGACACAUCUAUCGGCCCCUCCUCAAGCCCAGACGCUUCAACGGGUCGCUUCUCAGUGCGCCUUGAAUCAAAAAGACAAUACAACCAAGGACUCUUCGUCUUCGACAUCAAACAUACUCCAUAUGGAUGUGCGACCUGGCCGGCUCUUUGGCUCGCUGACCCGUACAGCUGGCCAGCCCACGGUGAGAUAGAUGUCAUGGAGGCCAUCAACCAUGCGGCCCCAUCCGACCCCAACCCGGGGAACCUGGUGACUCUGCACACAGACGCGUCCUGCAGCAUGGAUGUCAAACGCAACAUGACAGGCUCCACGCCCGAGGUGUUUGGCUCCGGAACGCCGGCAACCGACUGCGACGUCAGCCCUGGCACAAACAACAACGCGGGCUGCGGUGUUACAGGCGGCCCUACGACUUACGGGGGAGCGUUCAACGCGGCUGGCGGCGGCAUCAUGGCUGUCGAGUGGCGCUCCGAGGGCAUUCGGAUAUGGCAGUUUGGGAGGGCAGCCAUCCCCGCUGAUAUCGGGGCCGGCAAGCCCGACCCUAGCAUCUGGCCCCCACCGCUGGCUGACUUCCCUAAUACAAACUGUGAUAUUGGCGGGCACUUCAAGAAUGCUAGCAUUAUCGCCAAUAUUGACUUGUGCGGGGAUGCUAUCCCGGAGAGUGUGUGGGCUGCGUCGGGUUGUCUUACCCCUUGUGUCGGUUCGCACAAGUGCGUUGGCGGCUGGACUCAGAACAACUGUACUGACUUCGUGUCGAAUAAUCCCCAGGCGUUUAUAAAUGCGUACUGGGAGUUUGGCGAAUUCAAGGUCUAUCAGAGUUCUUGA